GGAUCAUCUCACAUACCUCUCGCUAUAGACUCUCGCUCCUGGGACGCUCUGGCGCAGCCUCUUCUCGAUCUCAGCCCUCGGUUUAGUAGCAGCGUGCAUCUACGCGCGCUGAACAAGAAGAACAGCUCGCCUUGCACCCUCGUGCAACACCACAGCAACUCGGACGGCUACAAUGGACGCACACGUCGCCAGCCUUGCUGGGCUCUUCCAGGUGACGCUGCAGCCUGACCCAGGUGCCCGCAAGGCGGCCGAGGCGCAGAUCACCGCCGCACAAAGUCAGCCCGGCUUUCCGCAGCUACUGCUGUCGCUCAUUGAGCAUAACAGCAGCAGUAGCAUCCCCCUGCCAACGCGUCUGGCCGCUGCGAUCAACCUGAAGAACCUCUGCAAGAACGGGUGGGCAGACUCGGACGACCACGAAGGCGUUAUCGCAGAGGCCGACAAGCAAACCGUCAGGCUGCAGGUACUUCCAUUGCUGUUUCGCCUCGCUUCCUCACAAGCACAGGCGCAAACGCAGGGGAGCCUCGUCGGACUGCGCACACAGCUCAGAGAGGCAGUAGCGCACAUCGCAGAGCACGACUUUCCACAGCGAUGGCCCUCGCUCAUCGAGGAGCUCGUGUCGCGGCUGAAUGAACAGGACCACAGCGUACUAAUGACCGUCCUGCAAACCUCACACAGCAUAUUCCGAAGAUGGCGAUCUGCAUUCCGGACCGACGCACUCUGGACGCAGAUCAACCUCGUUCUCGGCGUAUACGCUGAGCCUUUCCUUCAGCUUCUUCAACGCACCGAUGCGACACUGAAUGAUGCAGAAACCCCUUCCGCCUCGAUCCUUCCUCUCACAUCGGCACUCAGCGUCGAGAUACAAAUCUUCUACGACCUUUCCGUUCAGGAUCUGCCACCGCACUUUGAAGACAACCUUGACGAAGUCAUCGUCCCCAUUCUAAUGCGCUGGCUGAGCUUCUCGAGGCCCGAGCUCGCCUUUGCGCCGGACGACGACAGCACCGAAGCAGGACCUCUGGAAAAAGUACGCGCCGGUGUGUGUGAGGUUGGUGAGCUGUACGCGCAAAAGUACCCGGAGGAGUUCUCCAAGCACCUCGGGCCGUUCGUCCAAGCCGUUUGGCAGAUGCUCGGCACCUGCGGCCAGGGAGAGCGCUACGACGUGCUCGUGGCCAAGGCGACGGGCUUGCUCAGCACAAUCGUGCGCAUGGGCAGUCAAAAGGUGAUGUUCGAGGCAGAGGACACGCUGCGGCAGUUUGUCACUGCCAUCAUCCUCCCAAACGCACAGCUGCGCGAGUCGGACGAAGAACUGUUUGAGGACAACCCGAUAGAGUACAUCCGCCGCGACCUCGAAACGAGUGCAGAGAAUGACACGCGCCGCAAAGCCUCCUCGGACUUUACGCGCGCGCUGAUGCAGCAUUUCGGGCAGACCGUCACGGGCGUCAUGGAGCAGUACAUUGCCCAGUUCCUUGCCGAGUACCGCGCCGACCCGGUACAGAACUGGAAGCAAAAAGACACGGCCAUCUACCUGCUCACUUCGAUCGCCGUUGGCGGCUCCACAGCGCAACACGGUGUUUCGUCCGUCAAUGCGCUGAUCGACGUUGUCAAGUUCUUCUCGGACAAUGUCUUUGCAGACCUGCAAGCCAGCUCGACCGACGUGGCAAACCCUAUCCUGCAGGUCGAUGCCAUCAAGUUCCUCCACACGUUUCGAAAUCAGCUAACCAAGGAACAGCUCCUCAGCGUCCUCCCGCUGCUUGUCCAGCACCUCGAAAGCGGCAACUACGUGACGUGCUCGUACGCCGCCAUCACUAUCGAGCGCAUCCUCUUCCUCAAGACGUCCGGCUCUACCUCGCAGCCGCUCUUCUCGCCUGCGGACGUCCAGCCAUUCUCCGAGACGAUCCUCAUGGCGUGCUUCCGCACAAUCAUGGCCGGCGGUACGCCGGAGAAGAUCGCAGAGAAUGACUACCUGAUGAAGUGCGUCAUGCGCCUCAUCAUGACUAGUCGCCACACCCUUGCACCCUUCCAUUCUCCCAUUCUUCAGCAGCUCACCAACGUUCUCGCCGAGAUUUCCAAGAACCCAAGCAACCCCAAGUUCAACCAGUUUGUCUUUGAGAGCAUUUCUGCCCUCAUUCGGUUCGUUGUCGCAGCCGACGCGUCAACGCUGAGCAGCUGCGAGCAGUCGCUCUUUGGGCCAUUCACGACGAUCUUGCAAAGCGAUGUGGUCGAGUUCGUGCCCUUUGUCUUCCAGAUCCUCGCGCAGAUGCUCGAGCAGCACACCUCGUCGGACCUACCCGAGGCGUACGUGGACCUCCUCCCACCGCUGCUGACCGCCACGCUGUGGCAGCAGCGCGGCAACGUACCUGCACUGGUGCGCCUCUUUCAGAGCUUCUUGGCGAGAGGGGCGCAGCAGAUGGUGGCCAAUGGCCAGAUCACUCCCGUCAUGGGCAUCUACCAGCAGCUCAUCAACAGUCGCAUCAACGAUCUGUAUGGCUUUGGGCUACUCCAGUCCGUCUUUGAGCACAUCCCUGAGACCGCCAUUGCUCAGUAUCGCAAGCCAGUGCUCACACUCAUGCUGACGCGCAUGCAAACAGGCCGCACAGAUAAGUUUGUGAAGGGCUUCGUCUACUUUGUCAGCUACCUCGCUUGCAUUCAAAAGCAAGAAUACCCGCAGGCAGUUGUAUCUGCCUUUGACGAGGUGCAACCUGGUCUGUUUUCACAGCUACUGCAAGGCAUCAUCGCACCAGAGCUCGCGCAGAUCCCACAAACGCAACGAAGAGUCGUGUUCGCUGGAAUUACCCGGCUGAUCACGGAGGCGCCCGCAAUGCUGCAAGCACCCAAUGUCACUAGCCUUCCAUCGCUACUGCGCACCCUCCUCCCAGGGAUUCUGCGACCAUCGGACGCGAUCGUUGAGCAGGAUGAACAGGAUGACAUGGCUGCGUUCGACUUGGAAGAGUUUGGAUUCCAGACGUCUUUCUCGCAGCUCGCAGCAUCGCAACCGCCGCGCAAAGAUCCAUCUAGUUUUGCGGGAGGUGAUUUAAAGGCGUAUCUGCUACGACAGCUUGCUGCCGCCUGCAUGGGGCAUCCAAAUGUGCUUAAGUCUGCGGUAGAAGCAGCAAAUUCCGAAUUGGCGGCGCAACUAGUCCAAGAAAUGCAGCAAGCUGGCCUCAGCUUGGCAUGAUGUUCGAAUGCAUAUCUGCUACAUAGACUACUAAAAUGCGAUAUUUCG